AUGAACAAUGAUAUUGAAAUUGAAGAAUUCGACAAAACAAACUUUGUCAAUUCAAUAUUACAAUUUAUAAAGAAUUCAAGCGAAGGCAUCCAAAAUGAAGCAUUAAAUGAUAAUGAUGGUAACGAUCAAAUUGAUGAAGACACAACUUCUAAAAAACCACUGUCACAUGAAGAAAUUCUUCAAGAAAUAGAAGAACAAUAUUUAAUAUCAAAAACCUCUUUUCCAACUUCAUGGUUAUGCAAGUUUCAACAACAGUCUUUUGAUUGUGAUUCUUCUGGCUUAUUAUCACUUGCCCCAUUAGAACCAUCAAAACCUCGAAUAAAUCUUGAAAUCUUACGAGAUGGUCCUGAUGGAUUAGUAACUGGUUAUAAAGAACUUGCAUUAUCUAAUUCUGGUUUAACUUCGAAAAAUUCGACAUCAUUAUUACGUGAACCAGGAAAAUUAGAUGAUUUUGUAAAAGGAAAUUCAAACCAAAUACCUUUUGCUCCAGGUGGAUUUGAAGAAGUUUUGAUGGAUAAAGUUGAUAAUAUUGUUGAUAAUUUUUUCAACGUUUUGAAAUUUGAAGAUGAUGAAAUUCAGACAAUAAUUCCUGGAUUUAAACGUGGAUUACUGUUUGAUGAUGAUGAAACCAAAUGGGUGCCUUACAAAAAAUUAAUUGGUCUAAAUAUUACUGACUUAAUUACUCAUGAUGAUGAUGAACUAUCUGGAUUCGGGUAUUACUCUGGAUUCGAAGAUGGAGACCACUCUAAAAUCAGAGAUUACCAUGAUGAUUGCAUUGUAGAUGAUGUAAUCGACCCUUCUAGCAGCAAAGAUAAAAUAAAUGAAGAUGUUGAUAAAUUUUUGUCAACUCAAUCACAAACAUCAAAAGAGAUUAUUAAAGCAAGUAAAUACAUUACUAACGACUCAAAGAAACGUGAAUGGGCACAUGUUGUUAAUUUAGAUGAUGAGUUACUUAAUUUUAAAGAAUUGAUACCAGAGUUGGCAUAUAAAUAUGGAUUUGAAUUGGAUACUUUUCAAAAACAAGCGGUAUAUCAUUUAGAAACUCUUUCCAAUCAAAAAUAUCGUGAUUUCAAAGAAACAUUUGGUGAAAACAAUGUUGGAAUUUUAACUGGUGACGUACAAAUAAAUUCAGAGGCUUCUUGUUUGAUUAUGACAACAGAGAUUUUAAGAUCCAUGUUAUAUAGAGGAUCCGAUUUAAUUAGGGACGUUGAAUUUGUAAUUUUUGAUGAAGUUCAUUAUGUUAAUGAUUCAGAAAGAGGAGUAGUUUGGGAAGAGGUUAUAAUUAUGUUACCUGGUCAUGUGAAAUUUGUUCUUUUAUCAGCAACUGUCCCCAACACAAAAGAAUUUGCUGACUGGAUUGGACGAACAAAGAAAAAGGAUAUAUAUGUUAUUAGAACACUAAAACGACCAGUUCCACUUGAACAUUUUCUAUAUGCAAAAAAACAAAUUUAUAAAAUAGUUAAUGCUGAUCAAAGAUUUCUUAAAGAAGGAAGCAUGUGGAUUCAUCUUAUUGAUCUUUUGAAAAAGAAAGAACUUUUGCCUACUGUAAAUUUUACCUUUUCCAAAAAAAAAUGUGAUGAAUAUGCUAAUUAUUUAACAAAUUUGGAUUUAUGCACUUCAGAUGAAAAAAAAACUGAUAAAGAGUUACCACAAAUUUUAAGAAUGAGAGAUUUAUUAAGUAGAGGAAUUGCUGUGCAUCAUGGUGGUUUAUUGCCAGUUAUCAAAGAGAUGGUAGAACUUUUAUUUUCAAGAGGACAUGUCAAAGUUUUAUUUGCGACAGAAACUUUUGCUAUGGGUGUAAACAUGCCAACAAAGACCGUUGUAUUCUCUGGAAUAAGAAAACAUGAUGGAAAAGAAUUUAGACAAUUAAUUCCUGGUGAAUAUAUUCAAAUGUCUGGCCGUGCUGGCCGUCGUUCAUUCGACAAAACAGGUACUGUGAUUAUAGUACCGUCAGGAAAUGAAUUUCCUAGUGAAUCUCAACUUAAUGCAAUGAUUUUAGGAACACCAACUAAAUUAAAAUCCCAAUUUCGUCUUACAUACAACAUGAUUCUCAAUUUAUUAAGAGUUGAAUCAUUUGAAGUUGAAGAUAUGAUUAAACGUAGUUUUUCGGAAAAUACGAGUCAAAAAACAUUACCAGAUAAAGAGCGAGAAUUUGCAGAAAGAGAAAAGAUUCUCAAGGCCACAAAAAUACUCGAAUGUACAAUAUGCAAUCAUGAUAUAAGAGAAUUUUAUAAUAUUUCAGCCAAUAUUCUUGAUUUGAAUCGGAAAAUCAUUACAAAACUGGCAGAUACAAAAGUAUUAAGUCAAGGGAGAAUCAUUGUUGUUAAUAAUAGUGCUUAUGGAAAUGUAUUAGCUGUUAUAUUAAACCCUUCCUUUGAAGUUUUAAUGCUUUUGGAUAAAUCCAGUAAAGAUACUAUUAAUUCAAAAAAAUCAACAAUAAUUCCUAUAACCAAUAUAACAAUUCCUGAUCAGAGUUCUUAUACAUAUGCUCGUCAAUUCAUUUCAAUUACCAAUAUUAUAACUGUCACAAAAUUCACAAUUAAAUUCGACGACCUAACUGAUGUGACUAAAUUAGCUCAACAAUUACUUCGUCACGCGUUAGAUAUGAAAAAAACCGAAAUAGUGGAUAAUGAUUGGUCAAAAAUCAGGACGUUGGAAUUUCAAUUGAACUUAAAAGAGAAAGCUCGGCUCAUGAGUAAAAUAUAUUCAUUUCAAUGUAUAAAAUGCCCGGAAUUAAAUGAACAUUAUGGACUUAUACACGAAACAAUGUCAUUAGAAAAAAACCUCAAUGAAUUGCUUCAUACAAUAACUGGUAAAAAUUUGGAAUUAAUGCCAGAGUAUGAACAAAGAAUAGAGGUUCUUAAAUAUUUAAAGUAUAUUGAUGAAAAAACUUCAGUGGUUCAAUUGAGAGGUCAAGUUGCUUGUAAGAUUAAUACUGCUGAUGAAUUGUUAGUCACUGAAUUGAUUUUUGGAAAUGUUUUGAAAGAAUCUGAAUAUGACCCAGCUGAAAUUGUUGCAUUAUUAUCAUGUUUGGUAUUUCAAGAAAAAAAUGCUAGUGAACCGACUUUAACUCCAAACUUAGAAAAAGGUGUUGCAGAAAUAAAAAAAGUUGCGAAGUAUGUUGGAGAGGUUCAAAGAGAAAAAGGUGUUUAUAUUCCAGGUGAUUAUGUUGAAACAAUUAAGUUUGGAUUAGUUCAAGUAGUAUAUGAAUGGGCAAGAGGAAUGCCAUUUAAAGAUAUAAUGGAAUUGACAGAUGUGAUGGAGGGUUCAAUUGUUCGAUGCAUUACGAGGUUAGAUGAAACCUGUAGUGAAAUAAAAAGUGCUGCACAGUUAAUGGGAAAUAUAGAAUUAUGUACUAAAAUGGAUAAAGCUCGAGGUUUGAUAAAACGUGAUAUUGUAUUUGCAACUAGCUUGAAAAUUCCUGGCUCUCCAGGUACUGCAAACUCUGUUAAUCUUUUUUCUUCUGAAACAUUCACAAUUUCUGAUUGA